AUUCCUGCUUCCUGUCUCUUGUGUCACUUUUCCCCCCUCUAUUUCCUAUAUCUCAUCUUUGAUCACACGGGUCACGUUUCUCUUCUGUGAGACUGUGACUUUAUGCUUCUUUCAUGACCCAAGUAGUCACUUUGAGACACUUCUCACACUGUCUUUAGUGGAUCUAUAUAUAUUAUUUUUAUUUUGGUCAAAUUUUUGGUGGUUCAUCACAUGACAAAUCCAAUAAGACCGGCUUCCAUUGUCUAUUAUUCUUCUCAAAAUUCAUUGGGUUCUGUGAACUUUUGGCUUCCCCAAUAAAAUUUGACCUUAAGCUUCUUUGCCUCCUCCCUCACCCUAUUAAUAUAAGGCAUUCCAAGCAACCUGCUUGGGGACUUUCAUCGCUCAAGCACUUGGUUAAGCUUGAGGUAAUUGUUGUGAGAGCAGGGAACUUCCUUCAACUCCGACUGCCUCAGGGAUAACAAGAGGUCGACAUGGGUAAGCUUGGAAGAAUGUUGGACACGCUCUGUUUCUCUUCCUGCUCAAACUCUUGCUUCUGUGUAAAUUCCAUGGAAUUUGAUGAUGAGUUUGAGGGAAAGCCCUUGAUUGUGGGUGACGCUGAUCAGAAACCAAGACUGAAGGAUGUGGUUGCGGGCAAGCAGACUUUGGCUUUUCAAUUGAAACCCAAGAUAGUGAUAUUGAGGGUGUCCAUGCACUGCCAUGGAUGUGCAAGGAAAGUUGAGAAACAUGUGUCAAAGUUGGAAGGAGUGAGCUCAUACAAGGUAGAUCUGGAGACCAAAAUGGUAGUUGUUAUUGGGGACAUUCUUCCCUUGGAAGUGUUGGAAAGUGUGUCGAAGGUCAAGAAUGCACAACUUUGGGAUUCUCCAAGCUGAACUGCUAACGAGGAAAAAUUUGGCCACAGGAUUUAUUUCCCAGCAGAAUCCAUCCACCAUGACAAAAAGCAGAAUGAAGAAGCUCUAUAUUUCCUGUCAUUCUGUGCUCUUUUUCCAAAAUGUAUAAUACCCAUGCUGCUGGAAAGAAAAAAACAAGAAAGCGAUAGUGCAUUAAAUAUCUCUUUUUGGGACUCGAGAAGCGAGAUCUACUUCCAUGUUUGGCCAAGGUUGAUGAUAUCUUAUUCUCCGCUUACAUA